CCGCCUAGGUCUCGGUACCGCCAUGUGCAGCUGGGUGGCGGCGGCGGGAUGGCGACGGGCUAGCUGCAGCGCGCUGCGGUCCGGCGGGGGGCGGCCGCCGCCGGGCAGCCUGAGCGACUUGCUGCAGAGCUCGGUGACGGGCGAAGACACGGGCACGGAGGCGGCGGCGCGGCGGGGGCGGCGCCUGGACGCCUCCUCGGUGCUGCUGUUCCCGGGCCAGGGCAGCCAGCGGGCGGGGAUGGGCCGGGGCCUGCUGAGCUUCCCCGGUGCGAGGGACCUGUUCGUCGCGGCCCGCGACGUGUUAGGCUACGACCUGCUAUCGCUCUGCCUGCACGGGCCGCAGACGGAGCUGGAUCGCACAGUGCACUGCCAGCCCGCUGUCUUCGUGUCCUCCCUGGCCGCCGUGGAGAAGCUCAGCCACCAGCGGCCUGAUGUGAUAGAGAACUGUGUUGCAGCCGCCGGGUUCAGCGUGGGCGAGUUUGCUGCCCUGGUGUUUGCUGGAGCCUUAGACUUUGAAGCAGCCUUGUAUGCAGUGAAAGUGCGUGCUGAAGCAAUGCAACAGGCAUCGGAAGCAGUCCCAAGUGGGAUGUUAUCAAUUAUUGGGCAACCCAAGUCAGAUUUCAAGGUUGCCUGCAUAGAAGCUCGUGAACACUGUAGAUCAUUGGGUGUAGAAGAUCCUGUUUGUGAAGUUGCAAAUUACCUGUUUCCAGAUAGCAGAGUUGUUGCAGGUCAUUUACAGGCCUUGAAGUUUUUAGAGGAGAACUCCCGAAAAUAUUAUUUUGCACGUACAAAAAUGCUGCCAGUCAGUGGAGCUUUUCACACAAGACUUAUGGAAUCAGCCAUAGAGCCCUUGGCAAAAGUACUCAAAUCAGUUGAGAUUCGGAAACCACUCAUAAAUGUCUAUUCAAACGUCGAUGGCAAAAAAUACAUGCAUUCAAAACAUAUUCAACAUUUGUUAGUAAAGCAGCUUGUUUCACCUGUAAAAUGGGAACAGACUAUGCAUGAAGUAUAUGAAAGAACAAAGAGAACGAAGUUUCCUUUUACAUAUGAAGUGGGACCUGGGAAACAACUAGGAGCAAUGCUCAGAAACUGCAAUUUAAAGGCUUGGAGAGUCUAUAAACAUAUUGAAGUAUCAGAAGAUGAGGAAGUAGAGGAGGCAUGACAAUAUUUUGAAAAAUCCAUAUAAUUGUUGCUUUUUCAGCUUAAUUUUAAACGAUUUGGUUGCCCCUGAAAGAGAGCUCCUGGAGAUUAGAGGCAUCUCUGUUUUAUCCCCAGAAGAGUACAGCUCUGAGUUUAAUACAAAAUGAUUUUCCCUGAUAUUGCUUCUUUAAUGCACCUCACACUUUACAGAGAAGAACUGCUGCAAAGGUGCAGCUGUUCAGCCUGUUGUCAGUGUGAGGAUGCUAUCAAAGAUGCUGUUUGCUCUUAGAUUUUUGUCCAUUCCUGCUAGCAGCCCCUUUUGCCCGUGUGGAGUUGUUAAAGUCUGUUCCCUUCUGUGUAUGCACAAAGGUCUUUUUACACGGAAGACCUUGCAGGGUGAAAGCCUUUGACUGUUUCUUUCAUGUGGACCUCUGUUUACCAUGAUCAGGAAUUCUUUUAGAUAAGUCACUCAAUUGUAAUGACUUUUAGUCACUACUCUCUCCUGUCUUAAAAAGAUGACUAAUCCGUGGAAUAGGUAUCCGCAGACUUUUUCUUAAUGUUGCUUUUGUACUCAAAACUUACUACUGGGGUUGCAUAAAGUAGAAAAUGUUAUUACAAAUACACUUUUAAGGUUGCAUUAUAAAUAUAAAUAAAUGAUUUAUAAAGCUCUA